UGAAGUGCAAAUAUAUUUUUGAUCAUAUAAUAUACAAAAGGCAAGGGAAAUGGAAUGGGGGAUAGCAAAAAAGUUUCUUUUCCUAUCCAUAGCAUUAACAUACGCUUCGUCUGAGUUCCCGUUCCAAAAUGUUAGUCUUUCUUGGGAAGAGAGGGUGGACGAUCUUGUUAAUCGGCUCACUUUGGAGGAAAUGGCACAGCAAAUGUCACAUGAAUUACCAAGGACCCAAGAAGGCGUUCCAGGAAUACCACGAUUGGGUAUCAAGAACUACACGUGGAGCACAGAAUGUUUGAGAGGGGAUGUAGGUGCUGGUAAUGCUACUGCUUUUCCACAACCAAUCGGUCUAGGUGCAACAUUUGAUACGGAUCUUCUAUUGAGGGUAGCAAGAGCGAUUGGCAUGGAAGUUCGGGCCAAAAAUAAUUAUUUUGAACAGCACGGAAUCUAUGGCCAGAAGAAGGGUUUGAGCUGCUACAGUCCAGUAAUAAAUAUUAUGAGAGAUGCUCGUUGGGGUCGUAAUCAGGAAACUUAUGGCGAAGAUCCCUUUUUGACUGGUGUUCUCGCUCAACAUUAUGUUUGGGGAUUGCAAGGUAAUAGUACAUCCCGGUAUCUCUUGGUGAGUUCAGGAUGCAAACACAUCGACGUUUAUUCGGGGCCUGAAAACAUUCCUGACUCAAGAUUCAGUUUUGCCGUGAAUGUUACAAUGCGAGAUUGGAGAACAACCUACCUACCGGCAUUUAAGAAAUGCGUGGAAGCUGGAACAUUCAACAUUAUGUGUAGUUAUACCAGCAUUAAUGGCAUUCCUGCCUGUGCUAAUAAGGAACUGCUUACUGAUAUAUUGCGUGACGAAUGGGGAUUUAAAGGCUAUAUAGGAAGCGAUUCGGGAGCGCUUGAACAUAUCAUAUACAGUCACCAUUACUUGAACAAUACCGUAGAUGCCGUAGUGGAAUGUAUAAACGCUGGGGUCAGUCUAGAUCUAGCUAGUGGGAAGUUCGAUUACACUCCUAUAUAUUACUCAAUUCCAGAUGCCGUAAACCAGGGUCGUCUUACUGUGCAAAAGAUCAGAGAAAUGAUGAAACCCAUGUGGAACAUUCGAAUGCGACUUGGGGAAUUUGACCCUCCCGAAAUCAACCCUUAUAAACAAAUGAACCUAUCAGUCAUCGAAAGCCCGGCUCACAGGGCACUGGCAAUAGAAGCCGCAACAAAAUCAUUUGUUCUUCUCAAGAACCAGAAGUUUUUGCCACUGAUGAAUCAAGUUUAUGUAAAUAUCAGCUUUAUAGGACCAAUGGCGAACAGUACUAAGCAGUUAUUUGGAGAUUAUGCACCCGAUACCGAUCUGAAGUUAAUGAAAACUCCAAUGGAGACAUUAAAAGUUUUGGGGUAUGAUAUCAGAUAUACCUCCGGUUGUAUGGACGGUACACGGUGCUUGAAAUACAGUUCACAGCUUGUAGCUAAAGCUGUGGAAAAUACUAACCUGGUUGUUGUUUGCUUAGGACUAGGAGUGGUUCUUGAAGCAGAAUUGAAUGAUCGAAGAACAAUAGAUUUGCCUGGGCACCAACUACAACUCCUACAAGAUGCUGUAAAUGGAAGCCCGGCGAAUGCCCCUGUUAUGCUGUUACUUUUUAAUGGUGGGCCCGUAGAUAUACGUUGGGCAGAUAGUAGCGAUAGGGUGGUAGCCAUCAUUCAAGCCUUUUACCCAGCUCAAGCUGCUGGCGACGCUUUAUUAGAAACGGUUAUUAUGGCUGGUCCGUAUGCUAAUCCAGCAGCGCGGCUUCCCUUUACCUGGCCUGCGUCAGACGAUGACAUACCUUCCAUGACUGAUUACUCGGUUGAAGGAAGAUCUUACAGGUAUCCGAAGAUCGAACCCCUUUAUCCGUUUGGAUACGGUUUAUCUUACACUAGUUUUGCGUAUUCGAAUUUGAACAUUGCGGAUCAAGUGAAGACAGGCAGUAACGUGAUAGGUUUUGUGAAUAUAACAAAUACAGGUUUUUGGGGAGGAGACGAAGUUGUUCAGAUAUAUCUAUCAUGGCCAGAUUUCUCCGAACCAACACCACAAUUACAAUUAGUCUAUUUUCAACGUAUAUCUACCGAUAGUGGACAAACUUUCAAAAUGGAUUUUAUCAUAGAAGAAGAAAGCAUGUCUAUUUGGACAGAUGCAGGAUGGCAGAUUCCCAAGGGAAAGUAUACUUUAUAUGCCGGUGGACAACAGCCGAAUGUAAAGAAGUCUGUUGGAUCUAAUGUACUUUCGGCGUCAUUCAUGGUCUAUUGAGAUAACGUUUAGAUAUGUAUUACAAGAAUAUUAUAUAUUUGACUUCACAUGUUUCUCUUAAUGUAAACCCAAACUCCAUAAACAAUUCUUGAUCAUAUGAAUCAUUAAAG